UCAUUGUACUAUAGUGGUUCUAAUACAAAUAAUAUACUGAUUAAUAUACUGCUCGGCCAGCUGCGCACCCAUUCAUUAUGGGUACGUCUAACCUUGCAGCUUACUUAGUGCUGUUGUUGAUCACGUCUGCUACGGCGGACGUUAGCGAGGACUACGAUUACCCGUACACAGACUUUUUCCCGGAGUUGUCGAUCCAACCCUCAGGACUGGACGCCACCGCGGACGCUGAUUCCGACGAAAUGCAGGACCUCCGGUUCGUUGACUACAAAUCAGUGCCGAAAUUGGCCACGGUCCUCGACGACUUGCCGUUGAGUUCCACGCAACUGCUGUCGGCGAUUGUCCAACGGUCAAACACAAGCGUGGCCGACGGCAGGUUGAAGCAGACAACGGUCGCCAAGAAAAGCGGUGGCGUACCUUGGCACGAUUCAGAUUUCGGUAGUAUCUACCUAUUAUAUCACAUAAUAAAUUGCUAAGUGUGCUUGUUAUAUGCCCCCUCCGACAAAAAAAUAAAAAUUCCGCAUUGCAUGAUGGGUACCUAGCACCAGUGGCGUACAUACGGGGGGGGGUUUCGGGUUCAAACCCCCCCCAGGACCAAAAAAAAAAAAAAAAUAUGUGAUAUUAUUGAUGAAUUUCUUAUGAUACACGGACAAACAAACGUCAUAAUAAUAUGACUAUUGAGUAAACACUAUACUUUACCAACAACGAAAAAAGAUUUCAAAACGAAAUUAUGGUUGCCGUAUAUACACUUAAAAUAUGUACACUAUAUUAUGUAGUAUGUACACUUGAUCGUACACAGUCAGUUAAUUGCAUAGGUACAUAUUAUUAAUAUUGUCAUUAUCUCGACUGACUCGAUCAGACAACGGAGGAAAACCGAUUACCUACGUUAUAAUCGUUGAAUUUCUCGUGAGCGACAAUAAUACGGUGAAAUGGAUUCUAUUUAUAUAGCACUAUCGUAAAUGACCAUGUUAAAAUAUUUAAUUAUGAAAUGUUCGUUCAUUUUAUUCUAUUCUGCCGUUGGAGAAGUUUAUGUCAACAACUAUUCAUUGAACUCCAU